AUGGCCGUGGAUAUUCAAACAUCUAUCAAAGCUACUCUUAUAAUUGGUGUAUUUUGUCUAAUCGCACUUCUAUCGUUAAUAUAUUCAUUAUUAAUUUUACUGAUUCCACGAUUUCAUUCAAUAAAUAAUAUCUUCAUUGUCAAUCUGUGUGUUAGCGCUCUAUACACUUCAAUUUAUUAUAUAGUCUUCUACGUAUCAUACUAUCUUACUGCUCGUGAUAUUUUUACUCCCAAUGGGUGUGUUAUGUUAUUCUACGCACAUAAUGUGGCCAGUAUUAUUAUUCCAUUUUCUUUUGUCACAUUUUCUGUUCAUCGGUUUUGUUCUAUUAGACAUUAUAAUCAACCUUUAUUUAAAACAAAAAAAUGGGUUGCAACGUGCAUUGCAACACAUUGGAUCGGGGUUUUGAUUAUUUCAUUACCAUUUGUUUUUCAAAAAACAGAUGUUUGUGUUGAUGUUUUAUGGUUACGAAUUUAUACAUUAAUAACAGCUGUAAUUGCUCCAUCAAUUCUGAAUAUUACCUUGAAUAUUCUCAUCUUUCAUCAUGCUCGAUCUUCUUCGCUUCGUGUUCUACCCGAAUUAACAAGUAACAAUCAAAUACUGAAUUUAAGUCGGCGGGAUAUUUCUUUGUUACGACAAAUGGCCUUCAUGUUUAUUACAUUCAUUGGUGGAUGGAGUGGUAUUUAUAUAAGCGUGCUUGUCAGUUAUUUCAUUAGUUUGAACCAGUGGAUUCGACCAGCUAUGUCCAUCUUUGGUGAAUUAUGUAUAGUUGGUAUAAUUAUAAAUUUGUUUAUUAGUAAUCGAGAUGUGAAGAACUAUAUAUGGACAGGAUUCAGAAAUUUAUUUAGUGCAGAAUAA